AAUAUUUGUGCACUAUUCCCCUGGGUUAAUACUCGUUAGUCAGCUGGCCUCGCUAACAGAAUACGAGUCUACGGAAAUCGCACAUCCAUCCAGAGAUACGUGGCCAUCGUCUCUAUCUCGUCCUAUUUUUUCACUCUCCCUCCCUCUCUAUCUCUCUCCCUCUCUCUAUCUCUCCCUCUCUCUAUCUCUCCCUCCCUAUCUCUCUCUAUCUCUCUCUUCCUCUCUCGUCCUCCCCUUCCCUCCACCUCUCCUCCCUCUCCCUCGUUCUUUUGUUCUGCUUCUCCCCCGCCUCGCUGCCACCUCACCCGCACCCGACCCUCCGAUCAAAUCAACUUUUCACCUUUCAUUAACCGCCAUCCUUGUUUGAUCCCCCGAUCCUGCCUCCCGCUGCUUCCAAAGCAUUGCCCUCUGUCUGACUAUGCCCACUCCUGCCGAAAUCAUCGCUGCCCGUGUCAACGGCACCUACGACGAGUUGUACGGUGUUUCUGACACCGAGUCCUCGUCGUUUGACGACGACAACUCCACGUUGGUCUCUUCGGUUUCCUCUGCUGUUCCCUCCAUCUCCGACGACGCUGCGUUUCCCACCUUGAAGAAGGCUGGCACUGCCAGCACCUCCACUGGUGCCGUGUCGUGGGGUCCUUCCAUGAAGUCGCCAGCUGGUGGCAACACUCCGGUGCUUGGUGCCUCUGGCGCCAGCAACGGCGCUCGUUCCGGCUCGUCCACUCCUAAGUUCAAGUUCUCCACCAUCCAGGAAGCGUUCUCGCUCGACGUCAACGACCAGGUCUCCGUAACCAAGCCUGAGCUCAUCCGUAUCCUCACUGCCAUCAAGUCCGAAACUAAGACCAACAUUGAAUGUACCACCUCGCAGCACAUCAAGAAGAGAACCUUCUUGAUCACAGGUAAGGCUGACGACGUCAAGCAGGCCAAGCGUUUGGUCAUCAUGAAGUUGUCCAAGCCUCUCACUGUCACCUUCAAGGUGCCUUCCAAGCUCCGUAGCAGAAUCAUCGGACCCCAGGGUAAGGUGUUGAAGCCUAUCAUCCAGGCCAACGACGUCAAGAUCGACAUCGGUAACGACGAAUUUGCUGACGAAACUGCUGGUGACGAAGACGAGGACGACUCGUUCUCUACCUACGUCAACGUCACCGUCACAGGCUACGCUGAAGGCUGUGCUGCUGCCGAAGCCCAGAUUCUUGCCAUUAUCAAGGACGAAACCAAGAACCUCGCCACCAAGAUCCAGGUCCCUGCGUUGAUCAAGCCUCUCGUCCCUGCUGCUUUGAACGACGUCGUCUCCAAGUACUCCAGCUUGGAUAUCUCCAUUCCUGACUUCAAGUCUGCCAGCAACAACGUGCUUAUUGUUGGUGACCGUGAGACCGCUAAGGCCGCCAAAGCCGAGAUCAAGCAGGUGUUGUCCACCUUGGAAGCCAAGGUCGUGGUGGAAGAAGUGCCUAUUCCAAAGUUGAAGCACCAGUUCUUGCCAAUUGAAACUAUCUUGGUCGAAGACAACGUGUUAAUCAAGCUCCCAGAAGAAGGUGAAACCACCGUGAAGUUCAUUGGUGAAAGAAGCCGUAUUGCUGGUGCCCAACAAAAAGCCAAGCAAAUCACUUCCCAGUACAAGGUCGAGGUUUUGGACAUGUCCAAGGCCCACAAGGGUAACUUGCAGCACGUCAGAGCCGUCGCUUCCUACUUGAACACCAACGGUGUUUUGAAGGAAAUUGCCAACACCAAUGACGUCGUCAUCAACAUCCCAGACAACAAGACCCUCGCCAAAAAAGACAUCACCUCCAUUCCUAUUGAGAUUGUUUCCAAGGGUGACGAGGCUGAAAAGGUCAAGAACACCAAGAAGUCUAUUGUCAGCGUGGUUAACAAAAUCACUCCUGACCAAACUUUGGUUAUCACUGACAUUGACAGCUUCUUGAUCAACAAGGUCCCAGAAACUAUCAAGGAAGUGGCUCGUGAGAACAAGAUUUCUUGGGUUACUUUGGGCGAAUAUAUCACUUUAUUCAACCAGGUUACCGAACCAGAAGAAAGCGAAGACUUUGACGAUUUCUCCGAGUCCGACAACUCCGGUUUUGCUAAGGUGAACGAGGCCUUGAACCAGUUGAGGGAACUUGCUGCCAACUUGAAGUCUGUUGUUUUGAGCGUUCCAUCUAACGAGCAAACUCACAUCUCAGGUUACAAGGGUUCCACCCUCAAGAACAUCCUCGCCGGUGCUGAGCCAAACUCUCUUGUUAUCAAGUUGCAUUCCAACGGUAAUGAAUCUUCUGAAGAUGAAGUUUACUUACAUGGUGUCAAAUCUGAUGUUGAAGCCGCUAAGAAGGAAAUCGAAAGCGUUUUAGCUGAUGCCAAGGAGUACGCUGAUGGAUUCACUACCACUAUCCCAAUUCCAUCUAUCUCCUUGUCCAGAUUGAUCGGAAAGAAUGGUGCUAACAUGAACGCAUUAAGAGAUGAGUUCGGUGUCAAGCUUGACGUUGCUGAAGAAGGUGAUGAUAAGGAAAAGAAGACUGAAAUUGUCAUUUCCGGAUCCAAGAAGAACGUCGACUUGGCAAAGACUAAGGUCCAACAAUUGACAAAGAAGUGGGCUGACGAGACCCUCGUCAGACUCAGAGUUGAAAGUCAAUACCACAGAAGAAUGAUUGGUCCAAACAGAAUUUACAUCAACAGAUUACAAGAUAAGUAUAACGUUAAGAUCAGAUUCCCAAGCAUCGACUUCGACGGUUCUUCCACCUUUGCUGAUGCACCAAAGUCCAAGGAUGAAGUCACCAUCAAGGGUCCUUCUAAGGGUGUUACUAAGGCAGAAGAAGAGUUGAAGGAAUUGCUUCAAUUUGAAAAGGAAAACGGAUUCAAGGAAAACAUCAAGAUCCCAACUAAGGCUAUCGCUAGAGUCAUUGGUAAGGCAGGUGAAACUAUCAAUGAUAUCGCUGAUGGCACUGGUGUUGAAUAUAACUUCAAGAGAGAUAACGACAGCGAGGAAAAGUUGGGUUACGCUGAGGUUGAGUUGACUGGUUCCAAGUCCGGCUUGAAAGAGGCCAUCAAAAAGAUUCAAGAAAUCAUUGAAGAAAUCGAAAACUUCACUAGCGUUACCAUCAAUGUCGAUCCUAAGUACCACCGCGAAUUAAUUGGUGCUGGAGGUUCAGCUAUGAAGGAAAUCAUCACCAAGGCUGGUGGUGAUGACUUGCCAAGAAACAAAUACUUCAGAUUGUUAAGCAUACCAAAUGAAGGAACUGGUUCGGAUGAGGUCGUCUCUGAAGGUCCUAAGACUAUUGUUGACAAGGUCAUCAAACAAAUCAAGGAUAUCAUUAGUCUCAAGGAAGCUUCCAUCACUGAAGAAUACGAAUUGCCUAAGGAAAAGCACAGAUUCAUUGUUGGUCCAAGUGGUUCUAUUCGUCGUGCUUUGCAAACUGAAUUCAAUGCUACGAUUGACAUUCCAAGACCAAAUGACGACUCUACCAUCAUUAAGCUUCAAGGUUUGCCUGAAAAGGUUGAGGCAUUGAAGGCUAAGAUCGCUGAAUUAGUCAAGGACGACUGGAACGUUUCCAUUGAUGUUCCUCAAGAAUUCCACGCCUUGGUCAGUGAAAGAGGUGCCAUUUUCAACAAGUUGAAGAAGGAAUUCAAUGUUGAAGUUCAACACGGUAACUUGACCAGACAAGCUGCCAAGUUGUCCAGUGCUUCCAUUCCAACUCCACCAGAAUCUGCAUUCCCACAAGAUGAUGAAAAGACCAAGUUCACCAUCGUGGACAAUGAGGCUGUUGAAGCAUCUGCUCAGUUCAUUCCAUGGAGAUUAAAGGGUGAUGAGAAGGACACUGAAAAGGCAGCUAAAUUCAUCCAAGAAAGAUUGGCCAACGCCUCUGGCGCUACCAGCAUUGGAUGGUUAUACUCCAAAAACCCUUCUGCAUUUUCCAAGAUCAUUGGCCCUCAAGGUUCAAAGGUUAACCAAAUUAGAAAGAAGUCCAGCACUUUCAUUACUGUCCCAAGGGCUAAUGACAAGAACGGUAACUUCGUCUACUUGGUUGGUACCGUGGAAAACUUAGAGAUUGCCCGUGCUGAAAUUGAGAAGUUGUUGAAUUAAACCUGCUGCAUCUUUGCAUAACCUGUGUAUACCUGGAAAAUUAUAUAAACCAUUAAUAACAAGGUUCGUUUGAUUU